AUGGAACCCUCCGGCGACUGCGACGCCACCGGUGGCGCUGGCACCCCGCGGAAGUCCCUCUGGCGCUCCGCCUCCUGGUCCACCAGGUCCCCUACCUCCGUCACCGACACUACCCGUGCCACGACUCUCUCGCGGGAGCCCGCCACCACCACCACCAAGCUCCGCCCGUCUAUCCACCUCCCGCCCCUCUCCGUCUCUCGCUACUCCCAAGCCUGGCCCCGCGCCGCCGCUGCCGACACCUCCAAUUCGUCUCCGGCGGCCUCCUCGCUCGUCGACGGCGACCUAUCCCGGAUCACCGACUACAUCUAUCUGGGAGGCGACGCCGCCGCGCGCGACCGCAAUCUGCUGCGCCGCCACGGCAUCACCCACGUACUCAACUGCGCCGGGUUCUCCUGCCGAGAGCGAUUCACAGGGGAUUUCCACUACAAGACGCUUUGGCUUCGCGACCAGCCUGGCGAGGACAUCUCCUCCCUUCUCUACGACGUCUUCGACUUCAUCGAGGAGGCCCGCGCCGCCUUCCGCGGUCGCGGACGGACCCUUGUGCACUGUUCUCGCGGGACCUCCCGCUCCGCCGCCCUCGUUGUGGCAUACCUAAUGUGGCGCCUUGCCCUCUCGUUCGACGACGCCCUCAACCUCGUUCGGGCCUCCCGCGUCGAGGCAGACCCCAACCCUGGAUUCGCCGCGCAACUCCUCCAGCGCCAGCGUCUGCUCUUGGCCUCCCCCCCGCCCACACUGUGGCCAGACAUCGCGCGGCGGGUAUACCGUAUGGCGCCGCACUCGGCGUACGAUCCGCUGCACUUGGUGCCUAAGACGGUGGAUCGCCCGGGGCCGGCGGAGCUGGACUCGCGGGGGGCCUUCCUGGUGCACGCGUCGAAAGAGGGCAGUGGUGCAGUAUACCUGUGGGUGGGGACGGAGUGCGAGCGCACCAUGGUGGAGAGCGCGGCCGCGGCCGCGCAGCAGGUCCUGCGUUACGAGCGGGCGAUGGGGCCGAUCGUUGUCGUCGACGAGGGGGCCGAGCCAGCCGAUUUCUGGGAUGCCCUCGGCUGUGAUCUAUCUGCGGUGGCGAGAAAGAGGAUGGAAGCGUACGAUCUCGAUUUCGAAAUUCACAAGAGGGCUCUCAAGGGUGUGCCAACGGCGGCGGUGGCCCCGACGCCGUUGCCUGGGAUCGGGCGGACGAUCCCCGCCGUCGACCCUGAGAGCGGUGAAGACAGUGAUGCCGCAGUCCCCUUCGGCUCUCCAAGCACCUUCUCCGGUGGCUCGGUCACGCCAUCAUCUUCGUCGGACACCUCUAACAUCCACACCUCUCCUACAUCAUUCACUUCAGAUUGGUACAAUUCGUCUCCCGGCUCGGAUCUCUCUUUUAGGGAUGUGCAAUCUCUUUCACCUCCUGCUCCACCGCUGCCGCUUCGUGUUCCCUCUCUCGUUGACGGCGGAGUUACUCCGUUAAUGAUGCGACCGCAUGGAGGAGUGGGCGACAACAUUGGGGAUACCGUCAUGGACUGGGCUUUCUCUCCUUACCGUGUCGGAAGGGAGGAGGACGACGCCGUAGCGAUGAGCAUUCACAAGGAAACAAAAUCAGAGCUCCACCAGGCUGUCGAAGCGGAGGGGGCUACGCUCUACCAUUGGCAACCACUUUCGGAGACUGUAAAUAUCGUGCAUCCUGCGGUGCUCGACUCCGAAUCAGUUUUUCUUCUGCUAAUUCCUGCGAGGGGGAUGGGCACCCAUGGAGCUAAGAGAGUAUAUGUUUGGGUUGGAAGACGUUAUUGCUUGACACGGAGCGGCAGCGGUGGUGCUGGGCGCAAGGGAGACGACGACCGGGAUAACUUUGAGAGGAUAGGUCAUCACUUCCUCAAUCAGAUGAUGCUUCCUAUGGAUGUCUCUGUACAGGUACGCAACGAAUGGUUUCACUUUCUCAGCAGAUCCUUCUAUAAUCUGGAUUAGAGUAGAUACUGCUCCAUGUCCAAAGUCUGGUCUCAUAAAUUUCCUUGAAUUCUGUUGUUUGAUGCUCAUGACUUUCCCAAAUCCUGGGUGGGGAGGCCGUGCUCACCUUGAAGAAUAAGUUGAAUCUCAUGCUUCCAUAAACUCUCUUAGCCUCAUGGGUACCCAUCCCCCUCUCAGGUUGCGGGUUGAUGCUGAACUGUGCUCAAGUGUAAGAACAUUGCACUGUUUUCCCUGAGUCAAGGGAAAGAUUGAAUGUUGCUCGUAGCAUUUCCAGGGGUUGUGAAAAUCUUGUUAAGACUAGCAGGAGACUUCUUAGCUGUAAGAGAGGUGUUUAUUCCAAGCUUUCCUGGUUAGCAGUGCAUAACCAAGGAAUCGAAUCCACACCAGUUUCAGCUUUGAUUUGUAACUCCACUUUAAUUCAGAGAAACCGCCAAAAGCCUGUACUCUCCCACUGCAUCAGAAUAUGUAUUUUUGCACUCCAGCAAACUGGGCGCAGAAUACGUUUUCAAUGGCAAAUUGUUGUUUCACCUCACAAGGAAGUUUCAUCUUAUUCAGUAGAUACUCUCCAUCUUAUGACGCGUGAUCUUUAUAGACUGUACAACAAUCAUGGACCAACUGGGCUGUCUGUUGAAGCCGUUUCAGGGCUUUUUUUCCUUCUGAAGUCUCCUUGUAUGAGGCACCACUUGGUUAUGUCGGGUCUCCCCAUGCCCUCUCAAUUGAAGCCGGAGUCAAUGGCCAUGUCUUCUGAUGCAUGGUCACACUCUUCUCUAUGGUAAGAGAUCUGUCUCUUGAUGACAGAAUGAGAAUUGGAUUUCUUUGCUGACCUGCUAUGUCUCCUGUGAGGACCCUGACCCGUCCCUGAGUUAUGUUUAUCCCUUUAUUAAGGGUUCAGGCCUGAACUCAUAACAGGUGCCUAGUCAUAGAAGGGUUUAUUUUUCUCCUACUUUUGACCGCAUAAUCUUAGUCUUGAGCUGCGUCAAGUAGUGUUCAUUUAGCCUGUAGGGGGGGUUUCAAUUGUGCAGCAGUCAAUGUAAUUCUUCAUUAAGUUUUACCGGACAGAUUGCUAUUUCUAUUCUUGCACAUGCCAUCCCUUAACUGAUUGGCUGUUUAUAGAGGACUAGCCUCUGUUUGUCAAACAUCCUCAUUGGAAACCAGGCAGCUGCUUUCAUUGGGUCAGGAACUUACGAAGUACCUUUUCUCUUUGAGCUCUUUGAUCAGUCAUCUCUUACAUUGGCCACCAUCUUCUAACAAAAUGCUAGAAGUCUAGCCAAAGUCGAUUGGCUUUUGACGUCAGCUUUUGAAGCUUCCAUCCUUUGGGCUGUAAAAGCACAAGUUCCAGUGUAACUGUGACUAGAAUUCCUUAUUUCAUUUUCUUUGGGGUUUAGAAUGAGCUGAGUUCCUUAGAAAGCAGGGUUUCAAGCCAUUGAGCCAAACAACAUGCUAGCUGAAAUCUAUUUUACCCAAUCAGCGCUCUAAAUUCGAAUAUUUUACAAUUAACUCCAAUUACAUGGAACUGAGCCCUAUAUCAUAGUGUGUGUACUAUAUCAUAGUGUGUGUACUAUAUACACUUAUACAGUGACACUCAAUAAAUGGAAAAUUUCUAGCCUAAUCAUACUAUAUUAACAAGGACCUAAAACUGUUCGUUCUUGUGUCAAUAAAUGUCAUUAAACUUGUCAGAUGUGAUUAACCAUAAUUUUAUGACAUUCAAGAACACCUCUGGUUGAUUAUAGUGUUUUUAAAUUUAAGAUUAGUUUGGAUUCGAGUUUAAGGUUUUUCUUAUAUCCAUGGUUGUUGGGAAGUGAAUCGGCAUGUAUUUACUUGCUUUUUUUCAUCUAAGAAGCAUAAUUGCUUUCUUUUUCUGUGUUUCUGGAAGGCAACUAAUAGGAUCAAAGGUGUGAAAGCUAGGGAAGGAAUCACAAAGUUCUGUUUAUUCUGUUAUUAGACAGGUCAAAGAUAAUUAUUGAAUCAGGGAAAUAGCUUACUAACGAAAAUCGCAUUCACAGUAAUACAAAGGGAGUGAAUACUUGAGAAUCGUUCCUGAAGGUCAGAAAUUACAAACUAUCUAGAUGAAAGAUAAAACGAGGGGGAUGAGAAAUGAAAGAUUAUUUGUCUUAAAGGUGAUUAAAUUAGUCCAUGGCCCUUACAUGGUAGAGAAAAUAUAAAAGCUUUCUAUGACGCAUAAACCUUGUGAUUCAGGCGCUCAUCAAUCCGUUGGGUGUUUUGAUCGAUUUUUUAGCCGAGUCAGACCUUUUCUUGAUGUCGAAGGUGAUAAAACAGAUGAAUUGAGAAGAGCGUGCACCAAAACUGGUUUAUGAAGUUAAAGAUGCUAUAUCAACUGAGUAGUAGGAAUGAUGCUGAUACUAAUAUGGGUUUAAUUCUUUGCCUUAGUGAAAAUGUGCUUUUCCCAUGUUCUUUGUUGUGCAACUGUACUUAGAUAUGAUAUUUCUAUGGAGAUCUUGACAACUGGGCAUUGUAUGCCAGAAACUGUGAACUUCCUCAGCGGAACGCUAUGCAGGCUAUGAGAUAUCUAGAUGCCACAAUACAAGCCAAUUGUUUUUGCAGAUUAAUGUGUAAUUGGCCCCUUCUGAAGUAAUCUUAGCCUUGAGACAUUUAGUUUUCACUUUUAGAUUAUUUGAUGAUAAUAAAAAAAUUGAACUUGACUAAAAAAAAUAUAGACCUGAGCAAAGUUCAAGACGUGUGAAACACAAAGGUCUGACAAGCCUUCGUCCUUUCCUGUUAGCACCUGUGGACUUGAUGGAUGAAAAGUAUCUGUUUCCUACCUGUUUUUCAAGCAUCUGGUUGGUGGAAUUCAUGUACAUUGGUUGUAAUUGUUUGUGGAAUUAAACAUUCUCCCGUAUAGUUGAUAGAAUUUAAUAUGUGCUCGUAAUAGUUUGAAGAUUUCAUUUUUGCAUUCUUUUUAGCUUGAAAUUGUUCUCUAUAUGUUUUUCUUCUCAUAUUUUUUGGUUCAUGUAUUGGUCAACAGGUUGUCAGAGAGAACGAGGAGCCUGAGGAAUUUCUCAGUCAUCUGUUCACUUUUCACCCGGCUAAAAAUAGCAGGAAGCUUUAG